AUGGCGACAAUGUCGGCCUCACGGUCCACCUUCUCCGCCGUCGUCUUCGCCGUCCUGGCAUCAGCCACCUUCGCCGCGACGGCGCAGGCGCCCACCAGCACCCACGUCUUCCCCGCCCCGGCGCCAGCGGACAUGACAUUGACACCCAAGGCUGCCCCGAGUAUGGCUCCGAGUCCUCCUACCCACGCCAAGACUCCCGCGUCCACACCGGCGAAGAUGGCCCCGGCCGCCCUUGCGCCGCCGACGAAGAAGGCUCCUGCCCCCAAGGCCAGCUCCUGCCUCUCGUCUCCGCACCAGAACGUCAGCUUGCGCCGGUCAUUAGGGGCCCCGGUAUCUGGAUGUGCUCCUGCGUCCGGCCCGAGCAUGCUGCAAGAGAGCGUCGCCGUCAAGGCACCCGCGGUCGGUUCUCCCCGUCGCAGCCUCGUGGCUGCGUCCGGCCCGAGCAUGCCGCCAGAGAGCGCCGAGGCACCCACGGUCGGUUCUCCCCGUCGCAGCCUCGUGGCCCUAGCAGCUGAUGCUUUCUAA